UGAAAGAAAUGGCGAAUAAUUUAAUAAUAAGGGCUUUAAGCGCAAACGCAAAAUCUUUCAGUCUAAGUUCGAGAAAGAUUUCAGACUUGCCUAAAUCAAUUGCACGCUUAAAAUGCAUUUUGGCACUACAUUUAAACAACAACCUUCUUUCAGUUUUACCAACAGAACUGAAGUCACUACAACGGUUGACAGAGCUAAACUUGGGAAAUAACAUUCUUUUGGAGAUUCCAGUGGUUCUGAAGCACCUGCAUGCAUUAAGAAAGCUGUAUUUGUUCGGAAACAAGAUCGAAAGUUUACCACCAUAUAUUUUCGAAGAACUACCAAACCUUACACUUCUCAAUGUGAACCAUAAUAAAAUCAAAGUCAUACCUCCACAGAUAAAAAGCCUUGUGAAUCUGGAGGUUUUCAGUAUCAUGGAUAACCUGCUAGAGUGUGUCCCUGCUGAGCUAGGUUGUCUUGUCCAACUAACUGAAAUCAAUCUGAACAACAACAAAGUGUCCUCCUUGCCACCAGUGUUGGGCAGACUGUCUAAUCUGAGGAAACUGUACUUGGCAAGAAACAACCUGUAUGAACUGCCUGAGGGCAUUAGUGGCUGCAAAAGUCUCAGAAUACUGGAUGUUGCUGGAAACCUUCUGACCAUGUUUCCUACUGAUUUUGGUUUCCUUGCCCUGGAGGAGCUGCUUUGUGAGGGCAAUAGUCUUGUCCAUGCAGAACUAAUGACGUCUGUUCAGGAGAUAGAGGUUUUGUCAUUAAAGGAGCUGGCUGCACGGGAGGUGCUGAUGGAGAAGAGGAACCAGUGUUCGGUGGUUCACCGGACACUACCCCUCUACCCUGAACUGGUCAGCAUGCUGUCUCAGUGGGGAUGGUGUGCCGUCUGCCACAAGCCCUUCCUCACCACCUGGUUGGAGUGUGUCCAGUUUGUCAACCUCAAAAAAGACAUGGGCAUGAAGAGGAACUUGACUGUGCCAGUUCGAGCAGUCCUGUGUUCCUACACCUGCUUCAAUGAGAAAGGCCACUCAUACUAUGGAAUUGCAUCAACAGUUUAAAGUGAA